UACCAUUCCCAACCAACACAACCAGCCCAAAAUCUCUCUCUCUCUCUCUCUCUCUCUCUCUCUCUCUCUCUCUGACAAUUCGCCUAGUCUUCCACGGCACCAGAAUCCACUGGAUCGCGAAUACCCGAAAGAUGACGGCGAGGACUUCCUUGGCUUCGGCGCCGGCGACGUUGACGGUGGUGGCGGUGGUGGCGUUCAUGGCUACUGUUAGGAGGAGCUCCUCCUCAUGCAGCAGCUUUUCUUUGCUGUUGUUGAUUUCUUUCAUGGUCACGACUGGUAAUGCUUUCGACAACCCCGUUUUGAGCGUCAAGUACAAAUACGCCGGUCAAGAACCAUCACUCAGUGCGUUCAAAGCUCACGACACUCACCGCCAGCUUAGCAUUCUCGCCGGCGUCGAUCUUCCCUUGGGCGGCUCUGGUCGUCCCGACGCCGUCGGGCUUUACUAUGCUAAAAUUGGGAUUGGAACGCCUUCGAAAGACUAUUACGUACAAGUAGAUACCGGAAGUGAUAUCAUGUGGGUGAAUUGCAUUCAAUGCAAAGAUUGCCCUAAAAGAAGCUCGCUUGGUCUAGACCUGACACUAUAUGAUGUUAAUGAAUCAUCAACUGGGAAGUUGGUUCCCUGUGAUGAAGAAUUCUGCUUGGAGGUUAAUGGAGGUCCCUUAAAUGGCUGCACAGAAAAUGUGACAUGUCCAUACCUUCAGAUAUAUGGUGAUGGCAGCUCCACUGCUGGGUAUUUUGUGAAAGAUGUUGUGCAGUAUGAUAGUGUUUCUGGAGACCUCGAAACUGCAUCUGCCAAUGGAAGUGUUAUCUUUGGAUGCGGUGCUACACAAUAUGGAAAUCUGGAUUCGUCUGACGAAGCAGCACUUGAUGGGAUACUUGGAUUUGGAAAAUCAAAUUCGUCACUGAUUUCACAGCUUGCUUCAUCAGGAAGGGUCAAAAAGAUGUUUGCUCAUUGCUUAGAUGGGAAAAAUGGAGGUGGUAUCUUUGCCAUUGGCCGCGUUGUACAGCCAAAAGUUAACAUGACACCAUUAGUACCAAACCAGGCACAUUACAAUGUGAAUAUGACAGCAGUUCAAGUUGGUCACACUUUUCUGAGUCUUCCAAGAGAUGUGUUUGAGGCGGGAGACAAAAAAGGGACUGUAAUUGACAGUGGUACAACAUUGGCCUAUCUGCCAGAAGUGAUCUAUGUGCCAUUAGUUAAUAAGAUAAUAUCUCAUCAGCCUGAUCUGAAAGUUCACUCAGUUCAUGGCGAGUAUACAUGUUUUCAAUACACGCAAAGUGUCGAUGAUGGAUUCCCCAAUGUCACUUUUUAUUUUGAAAAGUCACUUUAUUUGAAGGUUUAUCCGCAUGAAUAUCUAUUUCCUUAUGAAGGCAUGUGGUGUAUUGGUUGGCAAAACAGUGGGAUGCAAUCCAGGGAUACAAGGAACUUGACACUUUUAGGAGAUUUGGUGCUUUCAAAUAAGCUAGUAUUAUAUGAUCUUGAAAAUCAGGCCAUUGGGUGGACUGAAUAUAACUGCUCGUCAAACAUUAAAGUGCUGGAUGAACGGACUGGAACGGUACAUUUAGUAGGUUCACACUACAUUCCUCAUUCUGCCUGCUGUUUGAUGAAACCCCAAUUGGCUAUAGUCUUCUUAUUGCUAACCGUGCUAUGGCACAAUUUAGUUUGCUGAAGUGCAACUAAAACAGAAUGCUGACAUUCAAAAACAAGGGACAGAAAAUAGAAUAUAGAAAGAUAACUUGAGAUUAUUGAUGGAGCUUACAAGAUACUGUUGUCAUUUGUGCAUCUAUGCUCAUGCCUGCUGUGAUAACAAACUAGGGUAAAGGUAUAUAGUGUAUGAAGCUUCAAUUUGGGUAAUAUUUUUAUACCCAAGUUGAAUCUGUGGAAAUUUAUGGAAGUUCACUGCCACCUUCAGAAUCAAAUGUAUAUGGUUUAAAUUUUGAAUUGUGUCUUCCUUUUUAGGUCCUGGCAGGACUUGUAGAUAUUUUCCUACAUAUAGGUUCUUUUACAGCACCAUUGGUUUUAGGUUCUGUUAAAGUACUUAACAGAUUGGAAUAGUACAUUUAGUAGGUUUCAUAUAUUUUACCUAAUUGGCUGCUGUCUUAUUAUUACUAACUUUUGUUGUUACACAA